AUGUCUCCAGCACAAUGGGAGAUCAAGGCCGAGGCCUGUCGACAAAUCCUGCAAAAGUCACUGAAACCCGAAUGGCUGCUUCCCCCAGACCAGCUACCACCCGCCAGUCAGCUCAAUGUGUCUAACUUCAUUGAAUCUUGUGGACAGUUGACACCGCGCGAGCUGCAGAUCACGGCGAGUACCGCGGCCGAGCUGACGAGUCAGAUGGCCGAAGGCAAGCUCACUGCGGUCGAGACUGUCACGGCUUUCUUGAAAAGAGGUCACAUUGCGCAUCAACUUGUGAACUUUGCUACCGAGUUCAUGGUUGAAGAUGCACUGGCUGCUGCCGAGAAGCUGGAUGCGCACUUCAAGAAAACCGGGAAUCUCGUUGGGCCUUUGCACGGUGUACCGAUAUCCGCCAAGGAGCACAUGAGCCUGAAAGGCCGUAGAGUCCACUCUGGCUAUGUCGCAUGGGCCGACAACGUGGCCGAUGAAGAUGCUCUAGUCAUUCGUCUGGCAAAGGCUGCCGGCGCGGUGUUCCAUGUUCGGACGAACGAGCCUCAGAGCGUCAUGCAUCUUGACUGCAGCAAUCCCAUUUACGGAACAACGGUGAACCCCUACAACCGAAAUUUGACAAGUGGCGGGUCUAGCGGAGGAGAAGGUGCUUCGCUAGGCCUUCGUUGUGCAGUGAUGGGCAUUGGCACAGAUAUCGGUGGUUCUGUAAGGGUACCGGCUGCCUUUUGCGGUUCUUACGGUAUUCGUACGACUGCGAUGCGCAACCCGUACAAGGGGGUCUGCAUACCUGGGCUCGGACAAGAGAGCAUUCGCUGUGUACUGUCUCCAUUAGCCAACAGUAUUGCAGACCUCGACCUGUUCCAGAAGGUCAUCAUCGAUCAGGAGCCUUGGGAGGAAGAGACCCAGCUUGUACCUUUGCCCUGGAAACGACGCGAGCCGUACAAAACUGGAGACUUCACCAUAGGUGUCAUUUGGGAUGAUGGGAUGGCUCACCCUCACCCGCCUGUUACACGGGCCCUGAAGCGUGCGGUCGCGAAGCUCAAAGAGGCCGGAAUCAAGGUUGUUGACUUUGAGCCAUACAACCACAGGGAGGGAGCCGAAAUCAUUCAGACCCUCUAUUUCCCUGAUGCAGCUGCAACUCAAAGAGAACUCUUGGAGAAGGGCGGUGAGCCUGUUGCAUUCUUGACAGAAUGGGCAUUCGCGUACUCAAAGCCUGAACCACUUUCUAUCAGAGAGAAUUGGGAACUGAAUGUUCGACGAGACAAUUUUAGGGAUGCCUAUCACAAAACCAUGAAGGAUCGCGGAGUUGACUUCAUCUUGUGUCCAGCAUACGUGGGCCCUCCUGCAAGAUUAGGCGAGGCGCAAUACUGGCAUUACACUACCAUCUGGAAUAUUCUAGAUCAGCCAAGUGUGAUAUUUCCGACGGGAGUCCACGUUGAUCCAGCCAUCGAUGUUGUGGAGGAGGAUUACAAGCCUCGCUCUGCCGAGGACGACCGAGAGUACAAGAAAUAUACUCCAGAAGAUUUCAAGGACGCUCCCAUUGCGUUGCAGCUCGCCGGCAAACACUUCCGAGACGAAGAUACGAUCGCUGCGUCUGAGUUGGUGUCCAGGAUUAUUCAGCAGUAA